UAUGAUGCUCGCCUAGCUGUGAGGAGCUUCUUGUGCCCGGCUCCCCUUGUGUGCGUAAAACUUUCUAAUGAAAUCCCAAAUUUAUUUUUGACCAAUUUAGAAUUCGUUCUACUUAGGGUCAAGAGGGAUUCAAGACACUCAAAGAACUUUCCCUGCUAAAGAAAACUCAGAAUCAUGGAGCCCAUUUCUACGGCGGGAGGGGCUGAGGAAAAGCACCAUGGAAACUACUCACCAAAUCCAUCUGCAGAGGUGCCACCUGGAAAGCACGCAGUGUCAGAGGCCUUGGAAGAGGUGCAGGAGGAAUUGAUAGAACAUCAACCUCUGGAGCAGGAAGACCUGAACUUUGAGAAAUGGAAGCCCAAGCCCAAACCUAAGAGAACGCUCCACGAGAAAGCAGGCGAUGUGAAGACAUAUCUAUGGAACGCAGAGACCAGAGAGUUCAUGGGCCGCACUGGGCAUAGCUGGUUUCUGAUCAUCCUCUUCUACACGGCACUGUAUGCAUUCCUGGCGGCCAUGUUUGGUGCCUGUAUGUGGUGCCUCAUGCUGUCUAUCAGCCCCUACCAUCCAACCCACAACGACAGGGUGAUGCCACCAGGUAUGACGAUGUCCCCACAACUGGAUGGGCACUAUGAGAUCGCCUUCAAUGCAUCUGACCGCAAGUCUUGGAAGAAGUAUGCAAAGCUAAUGGAAGAACAACUAAGACCAUACAAUGACGCCGUACAGGAGCAGAGAAACAUCCAGUGUCCGCAGGACGCGUACUUCAUGCAGGAUGAACAAGGGGAAAGUACAGAGAGGAAGGCGUGCCAGUUCAAGAGGUCCUGGCUGGGCGAGUGCUCGGGGCUCCAGGACCCCCACUUUGGAUUCUCCCAGGGGAAACCCUGCAUCCUCCUCCGAAUGAACCGGAUACUGGGCUAUUUACCUGGCCAUGGCACUCCGGUAAACGUGACCUGUGGAGUCAAGAAAGGUGCGCCAGAAAGCUUAGGAGAACUUCAGUUCUUCCCAAAAAGCAUGUUCAACCUGAUGUACUACCCUUACUAUGGGAAGCUGAGACAUGUAAACUACACAGCACCGGUGGUGGCCGUGCGCUUCAAUGGGCUGCAGUAUGACACCCACAUUGUUGUAAAAUGCAAACUCAAUGGCAAGGGCAUCAUCAAUGAUUCGCCUACCGAUCGCUUCCUAGGCAGUGUGUCCUUCUCCUUCGAUGUGGGCGCAUAGUAGUAUUCCCCAUGCUGAAUGCUGUCCCCAUGACAACCAGGAGACAAGAGAAUAUAGGAAAAAAUCUCAUUAUGUUGAAUCCUUGUUUUGCAUAAAAUAGUUGACCAGCUUCUCUCUUCUCCCAUUUCCUCAUGUACUCUUGUGCCUUUUGCUGAAAAAAGCAAUCAUUUGGAAUGUUAAUGGAUCAUAAGCACACACACACACGACACAGACACCUCACCGAUAGUCUUGAGCACACGCUAAGUAUAGAAACUGAAUAUUACCAUUGAAUACCUAGCUAGAUUAAUGCCACUAGCUAGGUUUAUGAAACGCAAGGCUCAUCUCACAGGUAGUUUGUCUCUGUAGCUAUGCAAUUUAUAAUUUAAGACAUUAUUAAUAGACAUAAAUACCCACUGUACAAUAAGGAUAUAAGAGGAACAUGUUAAGCACAUUUUGAUUUUAAAUCAAAUUGUGUACUAAUUUCUCUUGAGUUUGUACUUUUCAACAGCAUAUCUAUUGUGUUUUGUAGACUCCAAGGGCUACAAUAUGAAGAAUGGUGAAGGCAGGACACUUUUACUUACACAGUAAGAUAAACAGUAAAUGACUAAGUUACAUUUCAGGUUUUACAUAGUAAGCUAAACAGUAAAUGACUAGGUUCAAUUUCAAUAAGAUAAACAGUAAAUGACUAGGUUACAUUUCAGUAAGAUAAACAGUAAAUGACUAGGUUACAUUUCAGGUUUUGUUGUUGUUUUUUGAUAGCUCCUUAUUCUACAUUUAUUGAUAAUAUACAUUGAGUGUACAAAACAUUAAUAUUGAGUUGCACCCCCGUUUGCUCUCAGAACAGCCUCAAUUUGUUGUGGCAUGGGUUCUACAAGGUGUCGAAAGCAUUCCACAGGGAUGCUGGCCCAUGUUGCUCCAAUGCUUCCCACAAUUGUGUCAAGUUGGUUGGAUGUCCUUUAGGUAGUGGACCAUUGUUGAUACACAUGGUAAACUAUUGAGUGUGAAAAACCCAGCAGCGUUGCAGUUCUUGACACAAACCGGUGCGCCUGGCACCUACUACCAUACCCUGUUCAAAGGCACUGAAAUCUUUUGUCUUGCCCAUUCACCCUUUGAAUGGCACACACACACAAUCCAUUUCUCAAUUGUCUCAAGGCUUAAAAAUCCAUAUUUAACCUGUCUCAUCCCCUUCAUCUACACGGAUUGAAGUGGAUUUGACAAGGGAUCAUAGCUUUCACCUGGUCAGUCUAUGUCAUGGAAAGAGCCGGUGUUCUUAAUGUUUUGUAUACUCAGUGUAUGCUGCCAUUUUGUUUUAUUUUGGAUGAACACAAGACUGCUACUGAGACUGUAAUACUGCAGGCUGACUUUGAUCUCUAUAUUAGCUGAUGGAAAGUAAGAUCUACUGUGGAAACUGACAGAGGUCACAUUGUUGCUAAACUUGUACGCCAGUCUUGCACACUCUUCAUGAAAUAACAGGCUAUUUUGAUUUAGGCCUAGAAUUAAUCCUUGUUACUGUACCUUUGCUAUGAUUCUACUAAACCUGGUAUCCAUGUAUUUAUUCUGAUUUAAUACUAUAAUAAAUACAAUGUUGAUAAGAACAAUGCUUUUUUUCCAUAGGAAUGUAUUAUAUAUUCUUUACAUGCAACUCUUUUCUUACGUUGAAGGUUGUCAAGCACAGUAUAUUAAACAUAACUUAUUACACAUACACAAACAAGAUAAAGUAAUGACUAUCUUUUAGCCAUCAUUCUCUGAAGGUCUACUUUGCCCAGAUAUACACUUCCCUGCGUAUUUAUUUGGACAGUGAACCUAAGAUUUCUCGAUCAUUUUGGAUUUGAGAUCAAAUGUUUUUUUUUCUGUAUGAGGCGACAGAACAGAAUGUCACCUUUUAUUUGAGGGUAUUUUGAUAUAUAUAUCGUUUUUACCGUUUAGAAAAUAAAGCACUUUAUGUAUCUAGUCCCCCCAUUCGAUGGUGUCAUAAGUAUUUGGAUAAAUUCACUUAUAGUGUAUUACAUUUAGUUAAAUGUUAAGUAUUUGGUCCCAUAUUCAUAGCACCCAAUGACUACAUCAAGCUUGUGCCUCUACGUAAGCUAUUUAUGCUUCUGUAAUUCUUACUCAUCAUUAUUCACAAUUCAUUCAUGGGGUGGCAGGGUAGCCUAGUGGUUAGAGCGUUGGACUAGUAACCGGAAGGUUGCAAAUUCAAAUCCCCAAGUUACAAAUCUGUCGUUCUGCCCCUGAACAGGCAGUUAACCCAAUGUUCCUAGGCCAUCAUUGAAAAUAAGAAUUUGUUCUUAACUGACUUGCCUAGUUAAAUACAUUAACAUCUGUGAUCACAGUAGCAUCCACAUUAAUGUUGAAGUGUUCAGGAACAUAUUCUAUUCUUAUUUACAAUAAAAGUGGCUACAAAAUGACACAAUACAUUAUUUUCCAUUAAUUUCUAUUGCGCAAAACAUAGUCCGUAAGGAAACACAACCAAAACAAAAUGCAAAUGCACCCAUUGCCAUCCAACAAAUGUGAAGAGUCAAAAGUUUGAUGCACCCAUUGCCAUCCAACAAAUGUGAAGAGUCAAAAGUUUGAUGCACCCAUUGCCAUCCAACAAAUGUGAAGAGUCAAAAGUUUGAUGCACCCAUUGCCAUCCAACAAAUGUGAAGAGUCAAAAGUUUGAUGCACCCAUUGCCAUCCAACAAAUGUGAAGAGUCAAAAGUUUGAUGCACCCAUUGGCAUCCAACAAAUGUGAAGAGUCAAAAGUUUGAUGCACGCAUUGCCAUCCAACAAAUGUGAAGAGUCAAAAGUUUGAUGCACCCAUUGCCAUCCAACAAAUGUGAAGAGUCAAAAGUUUGAUGCACUCAUUACCAUCCAACAAAUGUGAAGGGUCAAAAGUUUGAUGCACCCAUUGCCAUCCAACAAAUGUGAAGAGUCAAAAGUUUGAUGCACUCAUUGCCAUCCAACAAAUGUGAAGAGUCAAAAGUUUGAUGCACUCGUUGCCAUCCAACAAAUGUGAAGAGUCAAAAGUUUGAUGCACCCGUUGCCAUCCAACAAAUGUAAAGAGUCAAAAGUUUGAUGCACUCAUUGCCAUCCAACAAAUGUGAAGAGUCAAAAGUAUGAUGCACCCAUUGCCAUCCAACAAAUGUGAAAUGUCAAAAGUUUGAUGCACUCAUUGCGUGCUAGGAAUAUGGGACCAAAUACUAAACUUUAGACAAAAUGUGAUACACUAAGGGUUGGUUUCCGGGAAACAGACUAAGCCUAGUCUUGUACUAAAAAGCUAUUUUAAUGGAGAUUCUCUACAAGCUUUUUAGUCUAGUACUAGACUUAGUCUGUUUCCAGGAAUCCAGCUCUAUACGUGAUUAGUCCAAAUGCUUAUGACACAUUGAAAUAGGGGGACUAGAUAAAUAAAGUGCUUUCAUUUCUAAAUGGUAAAAAAGAUUUGAAAAUACCCUCAAAUAAAAGGUGACAUUCUGUACUGUCGCCUCGUGUCAUAUAAUUUAUCUCAAAUCCAAAAUGCUGGAGUAGAGUGCCAAAUUAAAGGUUUUAGCUUCACUAUCCAAAUAAAUAAGUUGUGGUGUGUAUAUUUAAAAGCAUUGCAGAAUGAUUUAUUCAUUUUAUUCAUUAUGUUUAUAUGGUACAGUCAAUGAUCAAAACUGCCUAAGAAAUAUUAAAAUGGUGAGAGUUAUAUGCCAAUUCAUAUUGUUUAAUAAAAAAACUGUAGCAAAUGUUAACAAUAAACAUUAAAUUAUAUUGACUAAUUGAACAA